AAGUCUAGCUUGUGGUCAACUAUUAACUUGCCAUGACUCAUAUUUACUUACUGACCAAGUUUCAGCCGGUUUUUCUAAGCUGAUCAGUUCACUUUUUGGGGGCCAAUCUCACUUACCUUUAUAUCAACAGUGUGAUUAUAGUGAUAUUCAAAUUGUGAAUUAAUAAUUUUGAAAGAAAAGCGUACCAAAAGUCUUGCAACAAAAACAUAUAUAUAAUUAGUUUUUAAUCAAACAUUUAAUCAGCAAAAAAAAAUUCUGUGGGAAUGUUAAACCUCAGUACAUCCUUUAACACAGAAUACUGCUGAACUCCAAGUUCCACAAUGCAAUUCGCGGAACGUUGGUCGAGUCGGCUGCAGGCGGGAGACGUUCAUAUUGUUGAGAUGAUUUUAACAUUGGCGCUGUGAGUCUGUUCUUAAAGACAGUCGGACUAAGCUCUCAAAAUGAGAAGAGCAACAGAAAAUCAAAGAAACACUCGUGAACAACCUCGUAUUCCAGCAGAGCUCCCGGGCCCAUUUCACGUCACUUCUCCAGGAGACUCCAAUGAAACCCUCUCAGCUCCCUAAGUGGCUUUCUCACCCACCUCCCAGGAGAAUGUUGCCACUUCAUAGCCCUGAGGUGUGCCUAAGGGACACACUAGGCCCACCACGGCACCCUCUUCCACCACGGCACCCUCUUCCACCACGGCACCUACUUCCACCACGGCACCUACUUCCACCACAUCUCCCUCUUCCACCACAUCUCCCUCUUCCACCACGGCUCCCUCCUCCACCACGGUACCCUCCUCCACCACAGCUCCCUCUUCCACCACAGCCCCCUCCUCCACCACGGUACCCUCCUCCACCACGGUACCCUCUUCCACCACAGCUCCGUCUUAAUCCUACGGGACCAAUCCAUUCUCCAGGGUUUGUUCCAAGCAGCCCGACUAACAUUGGUUCCCCAGUGAAUAGGUCCCAUCCCCUGGCAGCGGGCAGACUGGGUCCUCAGCAGCACCAACACUAUCACCCUCCGGGGUCUCUCUGCUCACCCAGGUCUGUUCCAGUCAGCCCGACUAACAGUGGUACUACAGCUAGUAGGCCACAGCCCCCGCCUCCCGGUACCUUUCACCCUGCAUCUCCUCAAUUCAUGAAGGAUUUAAGUAACCACUCUCCAUCUUCCCACAUCAGGAGAGAUCAAGAGACUGAAUCCAAACUCACUUUGUCUUACUCGGGAAGUAAACAUGUAAUGCCUCAAAGACAAGUGUCAAGCAAGGAUCAAUCCAGCGAUGUGAGGGGUUCCAUACAGACUAUCCAGCUCCACAGGCCCCCCAUGACCCCGACAUUUCACACCAGAAGUGUUCAAGAAGCUUACCCAGGGCCCCUCUCAGACUCAGACCAUUGGAGCCCUGGAAACAGCCAGUGGUCCUCAUGGGGCUACCAGCCUUCUCCCAGUACCCACUCGUCUGACAGGUGUAGUGCUUCCAGUUUACCUGUCAUGCACAUCCCUGGAGCCCCUUGCCAGGACCAACAACAGAAACGAACACCUUCAAGUGAAAACUCAAUUCCAGUAGUGGAUUUGAAUUGCACAGCUCAGAAGAGGCACAUGGAGUUCGAGGGCCGGGACGACAGUCCCAAGAAACUGUGUCUUUCGGGGAUGAACUCCGUUGGCAACUCACACGGUACUUCACUGCAGUCUCAGCCGUCAGCGAGGCAUUCUUCAGUCAUGGAACUGUCACCCAAACGCACGAAUAGCCUUCUGUGCACAGAACCAGCAUGCGGCCAAUCGACGUGCUCGGAACUGUCGUCCGCAUUGAAACCCGUGCAGUCAUCCUGUGCGACGCCGUCACUCAAACCUUGUAUAAAGAAACGACCAGCGAUGGGAGCAAAGCAAGCCUAUAUAAACUCCACCCAGAAUCAAAUUCUGACGUUGAUUGAGUUAAGAUCACCUUCAAAAAGUCCAGGUGAAGACGGUUUGAAGAAAAGAAGCAAUGAAAAUGAUAAAAGGGAGAAAUCCAGCUGUUUGUUGUCCUUCGAGGUUCCCCAGAGGGACACUGGUGGCUCUCCUCACCUUCACUUCGGCAGCCACGAGUCUGUUCACACUCCCCGCAUUACCUCAGGCUUACCAGUCAAGACCGUGAGCAGAGGGGAUCCCAUGGAGGAGAGCAGAAAACCUGACAGUAGCACUCCCAAACUGCCCUCAAAGGCAAAUGCUACUUCUGUGAGUUGUCGCAUGGUGGAACGGAAUAAAACUGCCCGUCCACGAAGACCUGUUGCAAUCCCGGAUGAUAUAGAUGAUCUUUUCGCCCCCGAUCCCAUGACCUACAUCGUCAGCCCCGGUCAUAAGACUCCAAAGCCCAAGAUGGCUGGGAUCAAAUCCCCCACCUCAGAGAACAGCUCUUCAUCCAGCUACAGUACUCCAGUUAAUGAAUCCUCUUGUCGCAAAACUAGUUCUCAUGCAGUGGACUCCAAAGUCUCUUCCUCGUUAUCGGCACAUCUCUCACAAGUCACCGUGCCAACUGUAGCUUUAGAGCGGGUAAAACUUGAAAGCUUUAAAUACACUUGCUCAAAAGACUCCAAAAUCAGCCCCGUCACCUCUUCAGGCAGGCAGCUUAAGGAUGAGAGUUUAAAAUCUGACGACAAACGCACAUCUGUCCUCCCCAACGAUGUGAGAGCCUGUGCGUUAGAGACAACUUCUACAUCUCACUGUUCUCAAUCUCCACUGCUGGAGAGGCGGGCGAGCGAAGGGCGUGGUGCAAAGCCGGUGAUUGAAGAGGAUCCUAUAGAUGUGGAGCUGGACCUAGGCCUGAGCUUCGCGUUAGAUUUGGAUCUGACCCAGAGCUCCCAUAGCAGCGAGGAGGAGCAGCUCCUCUCCUUGCAGGAGAUGAUGGAGCGCGUUACCAAGCCUCCCGCUACACCAGAGAAGGGAUCCUUCUCAGAGCCGAGCACACCCGGACAUCACAGCUGCCAGUCAAAAACGCUGCCGUUGCCAACCACAAAGUCAGGCAUCUACAAAAACAAUCUCGACCAGAUGCUGAAGGAAAUAAACACCAAUAAAAGAGCUAAAGAGGUUGAGACUGAGCUUCUAACUGCGUGUCAAGAGGACCUACUGAGAAUAGCGGAGUAUGAGGAGGCUGAGGAGAACCGGGAAGAGGGCGUCUCCACUGAACAACAGGAUUUCCUGCAACGCUACUCUUUGAUGUCCAACGCUAUCAGAGAAGUGCCUCCAGGAGAAGUGGUGUUCAACCUGGAGAAAUUUGGCCGGAUCUUCGACCAAGAUACGCUGCAGCUCAGGCGAUGCAUGGUCAGUCCACAGGGGACGGUGCAGAAAACGCUUCUUUGGUCCAGCCCUGCUCAGCUGAGACUGCAUGUAAAUAUUGGAUUGUUCCAGGAAGCUUACGACUGUCGCUCACCCUGUCCAACUCAGGUUACCCGUUUCCUAUUCAAGAUGAUGUCGGUCCAUAGUGAGAGGCUGCUAUCUGAAAAGAUACUACAGGCUCUCUGUGACAUCGCCUGCACUGCUGCUUAUCAGAUAGUUAAAACUGGAAACCAGCAGUUUAAAGUGUGGGUGCCCAGUCUGGCCGACGUGGCGCUGGUUCUGAUGAAUAUGGGAGUUGCGUUCGUUACUCUCUUCCCUUUUGAGAAUCUGCAGCCUCCAUUCACUGAGGGGGAUUUGCUGGAGGACAUUCAUAUCAAAAGUGAGAGUCCCUCCAGCAGCAAGGAACAGAACACUUUCCCUGAACACAACUGCAACAACAUCUUGAAGUACCUGUCUUACUGUAUGGGCCUCUGUCCACGAGUGUACAGCGACGACGAGCUGCUGCUGCUGCUAACUGUGAUGGGAAAGGUGGGCCUGGACUCUCGGCUCCUCCUCCAGGCCAGUACUGAGCUGUACCCUCUACAGUACAAAAUUGUCAACAACAUCAGGGACUGGAACACCAUGCUGCCAAAAAUCUGUAUGGCCCUCACUGAUCUGACAGAUGACCACCACAACAUGUGCCUGCUGGUUCAACUGCUGCCCGACAACACACGUGGAAAGCAACUGCGUCGACAUCUGUGCCUGUCCAUGAUCUCGAAGCUGUUAAACGGAAAUUGUACUUACAGACCUACAGAAAAGGAGUUUCAGCUCUCUGAACUGAGGCCCUACCUGCCCCGUAUGCAACCCUCCACGCUCCUCCGAGGCAUGAUGAGCUCCUCCAGCAGGAGUCGGAAAGACAAGGAAGAAGACAUGACCACCUUAGACCAACAGUCCUACUACCUCUGCUACAGCCUUCUGACCUUAGCAAAUGAAGCGUCCAACUAUCAGUUCUUCCCAGCUCAUCAAAAGAAACAGCUGCUGUCUCUGUGCUCUGAGCUGGAAACGCACGUGAAGUGUGACAUCAGAGAGAGUGAGAAAUGUCUUUACCGGAGCAAAGUGAAGGACCUGGUGGCCAGGAUCUCCACCAAGUGGCAGAUGCUCCUUCAGAGGACCAGGCCUCUCCAUGGCAAGUUGUAUGACUAUUGGCAGCCUUUGCCUGUUGACACACUGACGAGCAGCCAAGAAGAGCAGGAGGUGGACGACAGCGAUGAUGGAGAGUGGCCUGUGAUGGAGGAGGAGGAAGAAGAAGAGGGAUCCAAUGAAACUGAAGAGGUUUUAAUGAUUGCUGAGGACAAGGAAGAGGGAGACGAUACAAUGGAUGAGACGUACAAGGCAGCGGACGACACGAGGUCAGAAGAAAUGGUGGGAGACGAUACAAUGGAUUACACGCACGAGACGGGGGACGACGUGAGGCCAGAAGAAAUGGAGCUGAACCAAGAGAUGGAGCCUGAAGUACAAGAGCAAAUAGAGGCUGGAAACAUGGAGCGUACUGAAGUGGAGACUGAAAAUCAAUUUGGGACCAGAGAAACUUAGUGUCAUGUUGUUCGUCAGCUCUUGCCUUAAUAUUAAGCUCAAUUUGCACUAUUUGCUUAUCUCCCUCUACCCCUAACCCCCACGUUUCAUUGUCAAUACAAAUACUAAAUGUAUAUUUAUGAAUAAAACCGUUAGGAGAGAAGUUCUUUUUUGGUUUGUGUUGCAAAAUACUGUUUUAUUAUUAUGUCUAAUGUGAAUGACUUCCUGCUGCGCCUGUUUUAACUCCUUUAGUUGUGGUGUGUAUAUAUUUCGGCAGUAGAGUGCCUGCAACAACCAGGGGUUUUCUUUUACAUCCUUGUUGUGUUUCAGCUGUGUUCAUUUGUUGCGUUUAAGUAAUUCCUUGCUGUGUAACUCUUGUGUCACCGAAAAGCUCACGUACCGUAUGUACAUGAGUGGAAACGUGUGACCUACUUGAUUAUUAGGGUUUCUCAGCCGCUAUUGUUUUGGUACCGACAGUAACUGUAGUAGUCUGGUCAUUGUAGAGAAGACACGGACAUUACCAAUAACAACCGCUCUGUUCUUUUCAAAUGUCCCGGUAAGAAACGGUGUGACUGAACUUGAAGGACCUGAACGGAAUUCAGCCAUAAUUCAUUUUAAUAUUUACACCUGUGCUUUUCUUACUGUGACAAAAUGUCAAAAUAUAAAUAUGGUCCAGAUGCACAUAUUGUUUGUUGAUUUCAUGUUAUAAUGUUGCUGUUUUUUUGGAUGUGUGUGCACUUUGUUAAAUUCCCCUUUUGUGAAAAAUAUUUUUUUAAUGAUUGAUACUUUUUUAUAGCUGUUGCGAAAUAACGAAAAUAAACUGUUUACAUAACAAACGUUGAAUUUGUUAAAUUCUUUGUUGCCUUUUUUUAAAAAAAUGUCGCGCACAAUGCAGUCUACUCCCUCCAAUGUUAUUAAUAUUAAUACAUUCGUAAGAGUCGAACUACUAUAAACAGCUAACUUAUCUGUGAUAGAUCUGCAACUUGCAAAUCACAGAAGUCAGAAAGCACCACAGAAUUUGAUCUGUGUCGGUCCUGAUUGGUGUUAAAGUGAUGAUGUUGUAGUCCUACUUUGGGUAAAGGCACAUUGAGACAGACUCCAGAUAUCACUGCGGUCUAAAUUCCCAUAUUCAGUCAUUAUGUCACUUUAGUUCCAGUCGGCUUGUGGGUUGAUAAUGUGGCUUUCUAUAU